AUGGAUAAAAGGACGUUCAUGAUUUUAUGCAACAUGAUUAGAACAACGGGAUGUUUGGAGCCAGGUAGAUAUGUUGGUAUUGAAGAGAUGGUGGCAAUGUUCCUACAUAUUCUUGCGCAUAAUGUGAAGAAUAGAGUAGUACGAACACAUUUUUCGAGAUUUAACGAGACGGUUUCAAGAUAUUUCAAUGUAGUGCUUAGAGUAGUAAUACAGCUACACACAGUGUUGUUGAAAACACUUGAACCAGUUACAAGAUACUACUAUCUAUGCAAUGCUGGCUACCCUAAUGCUAAAGGAUUUUUGGCUCCAUAUAGAAGGGAGCGCUACCAUCUCUCAAACUGGCGUGGAGCAGGCAACACACCGACAACAUCGGGAAAAUUUUUCAACAUGAAGCAUUCGUCAGCAAGAAAUAUUAUCGAGCGAGCAUUCGGACUUCUUAAGGGUCGAUGGGCAAUUCUUAGGGGCAAAUCCAUCUACCUGAUACAAGUCAAAUGUCGAACGAUAACUGCAUGUUGCCUGAUUCACAACUUAAUCACAAAGGAGAUGGGGAUUGGUGCUUCACUUGAUGAUUCGUUGUACGAUAAUCCUGCGUCUACUGUUACGGAGGGAGAGAAUAUUGAAUUUAUUGAGACUUCAGACAAAUGGACCAAAUUUAGAGAUGAUUUGGUUGCCGAAAAUUUUUCUCAAUGGCAAAAAUCAUGA